AAUUGUGCGUUCGGCUUGGGCCGCCAGCUUCUUCAUCAACAAUCUGGGAUGGAGACGACGACUUUCUAGCACAACUAUCUUUUCACAUUGUUCUUCGCUUUCUACAAAAUUGCAGAGAGAAAAAGAAAUGCUUGUGUAGAUUAGACAGAGAAAAGAAUUUGAUAGAAGAGAUACAGGAUGGGUUGUGGGAAUUUGUUCUACAGUGUACUGAUAGCAUGCUCGGUGGCUCUAAUUACCUACAACAUAAUCAUCUCAGCAAAUGCUCCUCUCAAGCAAGAAUUACCAGGUCCAUCGAGAUCAUCACUGUUAUCUGUGGACCCGAUCAUCAAGAUGCCUCUGGAGAGAUCGAGAAGAUUUGGGUCUGAUAAGAAGAGGCUGUUUCAUACAGCAGUCACGGCCUCAGACUCAGUGUACAACACUUGGCAGUGUAGGAUCAUGUACUAUUGGUUCAAGAAGUUCAAGGAUGCUCCAGGUUCUGAGAUGGGUGGAUUUACCAGGAUUCUGCACUCCGGCAAGCCUGACAAGUUCAUGGAGGAGAUCCCGACCUUUGUCGCCCAGCCUUUACCAUCUGGAAUGGAUCAGGGCUAUAUAGUCCUCAACAGGCCUUGGGCUUUUGUACAAUGGCUUCAACAAGCAAAGAUCCAGGAAGACUACAUACUGAUGGCAGAACCAGAUCAUAUCAUUGUCAAUCCCAUACCAAACUUAUCUAAAGAUGGACUUGGAGCUGCCUUUCCUUUCUUUUACAUUGAGCCAAAAAAGUAUGAGACAACUCUUAGGAAGUAUUUUCCUGAGGACAAGGGACCAGUAACAAACAUUGACCCAAUAGGAAAUUCGCCUGUCAUUCUACCAAAGGAAUCCCUUAAGAAGAUUGCUCCUACAUGGAUGAAUGUUUCCUUGGCUAUGAAGAAAGAUCCCGAAACUGAUAAAGCCUUUGGCUGGGUUCUUGAAAUGUAUGCCUAUGCUGUUGCAUCUGCUCUGCAUGGUGUUGGAAACAUAUUGCACAAGGACUUCAUGCUUCAGCCUCCUUGGGAUACAGAAAUUGGUGGCAAGUUCAUAAUUCAUUAUACAUACGGAUGUGACUAUGAUAUGAAGGGUCAAUUAACCUAUGGAAAAAUCGGGGAAUGGAGGUUUGACAAAAGAUCUUAUGAUACUGUUGCACCCCCAAAAAACCUUACCCUGCCACCACAGGGUGUUCCUGAGAGUGUGGUGACCCUAGUCAAAAUGGUGAAUGAAGCCACUGCAAAUAUUCCGAACUGGGGGUCGUAAGUGAAAGCUGCUCUACAUGGGCUUGUUGGCAGUUGCUGAUGAGUGUAGGACUGGGACGCCAUCACCAUGUGAUAUACAUUUGCUGAAUCCGUGUGUUACUGUUAAAUUAUUUUGAAUUCCUCUAACGAAUGUAUCAUGUUUUGCUUGGUAAGCCCACACGGAACUAGUUUGUUUUCUUGCUCGGAUGAAUAACCUUUAUAUAAGCGAUAAUAAGUUACAACUUGCAACGA